CCGUACAUAGCAAAUAUCAACGGCCAGAAUCUCUUAAUCCGUGCAAGUGGGACCUUGCCCCGGGUUACGACAUCGAAUUUUGACACUUGGCCGGCAGGUGGUUUGGCGGGCGAGAAGAGGGAGGAGAGGAAAGUUUUGGACGCUUGUUUUUGGCGGGUGUUCGGAAAAAUCGACAAAGCGCCAGAAAAGAAGCGCACAUGCUUGAGAGCCGACUCAGACUCAGAUCGUAGGUAGGACAGAUGAUAGCCACACACGCCCGAGGGGGCAUAGCAGAGCGGGACGGUGCGCUAAACCGCGCGCGGGUUGUUUGUGAACACGACUGUCUUCUUCGGUUUCUCUUUCUCAAGACCCCCUCCCGCGUCCCACCUUGUUGUUUCUCUCUUCUCGCCUGCCCGCCGGCCUCAAUCUCUCUCACUAUCUCUAUUUGUGUCUAUAUCGGUCGUGGAAGCUCGCUCUCAUCGCCCCUGUAGCCUUCCGAUCGCCUGUGGUCUUUAACCAGCCAUAACCACAGUUGAUUGAGUUGCUCCGCAUCGCCACCAUACCGCACUCUUUCUGUGGUUCUUUUUCGCCGUCGCCUUUUUUUUUCCUGAAAUAUUCACAGAUCCAUCCGUCCAUCAAUCAGUCCCAUCUUGCCGCUAAUCAAUUAAUUAAGUUAUUAAAAUUUGUCUCUAUUAUUAGUGUUCUAGCUGUGAUUUCACCUUUGUAUAUACCUCUUGAUUUACCCUUUAUUCGGGGAGUUGGGUGGGUGAAGGGGGGAGUGUAUUUCCUGCUUGACUCCCAUUAGUUGACAGCGAUCGACAUCUGUGACUAUAAAAUUUGCAGCCCUCUCUCUCUCUCUCUCUCUCUCUCUCUCCGGUGUCCUAUUUCUCUUUUAAUUUCAUUUCUUUUGCCUUCUCUCGCUUCUCGUUUCUCCCCCCUCCUUCCCCCCCCCUCUCCAUGCUCUCCUCCCCCUUUCCGUGCUCUAGAUUCUGGGAUAUUCCCUCUCCCGAAUCCUCUGCCUUCUGAUCGGAGACUAUGUCUCUGCUUGCCAGCUCUUGUUUCACUUUUUCAUUUCAUUCCCUCGGCCUUCUCUCGCCUUCCCCGCCCCCUUUCUGCGCUCUGAGUUCUGUCAUACUCCGUCCGAGUCCCCCGUCUUCUGAUCGGAUGUUAUGUCUCCGCCUACCAGCUCCAUCCAACUGAAGACGAGAUGGUUGAUGAUGCAGAGAGCGCUCUCAGUGCCGUACAGGAGCUGUCCAGGUUGUGGUAAUUGCCCUCUUCUAGCUGCUUCGUCGAUCUGGUCAGCAUGAGUGGUUUUCGUGUAUGAUUCGUUGCCCCCCACCCCACAAGUAAUAUUGGGAGACGCUACUCUCGGCAAAGGCACAGAAGGGGCGGCUGAGUGAAUGUGGAAGACAAAGUAGGCGGGCAACGCGUAUUGGACUCUGGGAAGAACGGAAGAAGAAGAGAGGGAGAGAGGAGGGAGAAACCACAGAGGGAGGGCGAAAACGGAGACAGGGAGAAGGAAAGAAAGCGGGGUAUCGGGUGGGUGAGAGAAGGUGGGGGGCGUGGGUGGAGGGAGGAAAAGGUGGAGGGAGGAGGGAGGAGGAAGUGGAGGGAGGAGGAGGAAUAACAGGUUAAACCAUGGUGAUGAGGGUGAUACGAUGGCCGCUUCGGUCGUCGUGCUGCAAAAAGUUUUCGGUGACGUUGAAGGUGGCGUCUCUUCAUGGUUUGCCCCUUGGGGACGAUGAAAGGUCAGCGGCAGUCUUAGUCGAUGUGAAAUGGAAAGGGGCAAAGGGGGGGAGUUUAGGGUCGAGAUUCCGGAGAAAUCCGAAACGAGCGAGAACAAAGCUACAGCCUUUGAGGGAAGAUAGCGCUAAUUGGAAUUUUGAACUGCAACAUGAGUGCAUAUUUACAGAGGGUAAAGCAGCAGGAUACGAGCCGUGGGAAGUCUGCUUCGUUGUAAGAAAGAUGGUGACGGGUUCAUUCAAGAACGGCGUUUGUGUCCAGACACCCAUUGGCCAUGCAGAUAAAUUGACCGUUGCGGGAACUGCGGUCAUGGACCUUGCAAAGGUGGCGUCUUGUGCACAGCUCCGCCUGGAGCACAUUGACGUUCCAAUCACCUGCCUUCCUCCGUUUGGUGACGUCAAAGAUGCUUUCCUUGUGGUUGAAGUGUCCCUGACAGAGCUGCGGGAUAAUGGUGCAUCUCUGGAUGCUGCACAGCGGUCAUUCAGUCUCCCACACUCUUCUGAUCUGUCGUCAGAGGGUAAGAAGCAUGGCGAGGAAAGCAGCAGGUGGUAUGUAGUGCAAAUCAAGCGCAUUUGGCACAGACUGGAUCCAAGCCACUCUCAAGAGAUGCACAACUCAGGUUCCGAAUUAUCGGGGUCUGAUCCAGAUUCAGCAGGAGAAGAAGACAUGGCUGACGAUGAUGUGAUGAAGUCGAUGGGUUACAACACGAUUGCCGGAAUGAAUAUAGCUGCGCAGGAAUCGCUUGGCUCUUCGAGUGCAGAUGAUUUUGAAAGAGACUCCGAGGCGGACGAGAAUGCGGCUCUCACUCAGCCACGUGGGCCAUUUGAUUUGCUUCCCCCCCCUCCUCUAUUGCCAGUGACACCGGAGCUUUCUGUUGAUCCUCCAGCUUCUUCAACGCUGUCCUUGCUUCCGUGGAGGAAACGGAAGUUACGGUUUCGCUCGCCGCGGGCAAGGGGCAAACCUCUCUUGGCAAAGUCCAUUGCAGGUGACGAGGGCGGAGAUGACAUUGACUGGGAUCGCCGUCAUUCAGAUUCAGCAAUUGGCGACUUCUCUCAGUGGCCUGUCCUGAGAAGGUCAGCUUCUGAAGGUGACAUCUCCACAGAUGGGUUGUAUGGGAAGCGCGGUGGAACAGAGUUGUUCGAUCCGGUUGGUGAGUGGGAGACGAAGUUGUUGGCUAGCAGAGAUGGGCAUUCAAAAAUCCAAGGGCGAGUUUUCUUUGCAUCCUUUGACCAGAGGAGCGAGAGUGCAGCCGGGGAGAGUGCGUGCACGGCGCUUGUGGUGGUGGUGGCGGAUUGGUUGCACAAACACCCCGAUAGGAUGCCAAGCCGACUGGAGUUUGAUACGCUGAUCAGGGAGGGAUCUGCAGAAUGGAGAAAGCUCUGCGAGGUGGAGGCCUACAGAGCGCGAUUUCCAGACCGGCACUUCGACCUGGAGACAAUUGUUUCUGCGAAUGUGAGGCCGGUACGGGUUGUUCCGGAAAAGUCGUUUGUUGGUUUUUUUAGGCCCGAAGGGACGGGCGAGUCGUACGACUUUCUGGAGGGUGCGAUGUCCUUCGACGACAUAUGGGAGGAGGUUGAGAAAGCAGGGCCAGCUAUUUAUAUUGUUAGCUGGAAUGACCACUUUUUUGUGCUGAAAGUGGAAAGCAGCAGCAAGUGUUACAUUAUUGACACGCUUGGUGAGCGGUUGUACGAGGGGUGUACCUGUGCAUACAUGUUGCAGUUUGAUGGUACAGGAGCAACAACCCUUGCAGAAUCAUCACUAGAUGCUUGUCUCGCUCUGCCUGCCACUCCUUUGAACGUAAACUCCUGUGCGAGUGAUAAACCAGCAGCAGAUGGGAAUGGGGGAGAAGAUGAGGCUAACAAUUCGCCGCAGCCAGAGGGAGAGGAAGUGGAGAGGAACGCACCGGCUGCCAAAGGGUAUACGGUAAGGAGACAGCAUUCAGGUGGUAGCGACAAGACGAAGCUUGAGAGCCUUCUUGAGGAAGGAGUUUCUGACGAGGGCGCAGUGUCUGAGGAGGGUGCACUGUUGAGUACCGAUGGUGGGGAGAUCACUCCCUGCGAGGGAAAACCCGUCCAGUGCGAGCAGUUGUCUUCGAAGGAGCGCAAGGUCGAACACAGCACCGUAGAAGAUGCAGAGGAGGAAAGCGGUGGGGAGAGCUCUGUGGGUUGCACCGGUGACAAUCUGCAGGAACAAGGUCAUGUGUGCAUGUACCCCUUGGACCCCACGCAAGGUCCUGAAGGUCAGGAGGCUGUUGCUGAUGGGUUCGAGGGAUCGCCGAGUGAAAUGAUGGACGAAAAUGGAGGAGGAACAAACAGUACAGUUGAGCCAGCAGAAGGUGGAGAGGUCUGUCGUGACGAAAACUGUGAGAAGGGUGCCGCCGCCGAGACCGCCAAUGGAGGUGGCACUGUGGGUGGUGACGAGAUUAGUGAAGAGAAUGGGGUUGCAAGUGGGAGUGGCAUGUCUGCUGGUGGCGAAUCUGGGGAGGCGAAAGGACCCGGCAUCUCUGAUGUCCAUCUUGGGGGGAAGGGCAGCGAGCAAGGGGUCGGUGAGGGUGACAAGAUGGGAGCUGAAGCUCCUGCUGCUGCGGAAGAGGGAACUCCCAGCGGGAUGUUGGAGUGCUGCCAGUUUGUCAAGAAGUUCUUUGCGGCACUCCCGCUGAGAGAAUUGGAGACAGAUUUGAAAAAGAAUCUGCUUGGGACAGUGCCCUUGCAUCAGCGGCUGCAAAUCGAGUUUCAUUACACAGAUGUGGUGUCGUUGCUACCGUGCAGUGAGGGCAGUGGAAGUGAUGGAGGGUGUAGUGGGAGCAGCGACAGCGAGAAUCUCAUCGUGUUAUGAUAAUUGACGCAGAGACCAUUGUCCGUUUUCUAUUUGAUGUUUGAUCUCUUUUAACAUUUAUGAUGUUGCAUUUGAAUCGCUUUGUUGAUGUGGAAUUCAUUGCAGAGCCCAUAGGCAUGGAUGAUGAGCUCGUGGUGGACUUUGGGGCUGUUGGGCUCUGGCAAGGGGGUAGCAGGGAAAGGAGGUGCGGAUUGGGGUUAGGGAGGUUGUCCCGAUCCCCUUCCAUCAUGAUAGAGAAAGGCAGGUCUCAGGCAUUGAGAGAGGGAGUGGAAAGAUAUGCUGUGAUAGGCACAGCGGAGUUUCAUUAUGAUGGUCGAUUAGACAGAGGGUGGUGAUUGGCCUGAUGGCAUUUUUGUAUAGUAUGGCUCUUGGGCACUUCACCCAGCGCUCAAAACCACCACAUAUCAGGAGUUGGGCAUGGGAAAGCGACAACCUGAGGUUUUGAUCACUUGAUUGGUUGCUUGAUUGAUUGAUUGAUCGGUUCAGUGGCUUAUCAAUUAAUUGAUUGAGCGAGUGAGGAUUAAGUGAUCGAGGUCAAUGGAUUGGUCAAGUGCUUGAUUGAUGGAUGCAUGGAUUGCUUGCUUGCUUGCUUGCCUGCUUGAUUGAUUGAUUGAUUGAUUGAUUGAUUGCGUAUCCAUCAUGGUGGGAGGAGGAAACCAACGCUCACUGUGAAUAAGCGAAAAAGGAAACUGGGCCAGAGCUGUAUAUAGAAAGAAGAAAUAAAGUCGACGACUGCCUUUGCAAGAUCAUCCCUGUUUGUUGGUGUGAUGGAAGGUUGACUUCAUCGCUCCGCAAUUGGCUGAUGGAAAAGAAGGGGGAAGCAGGUAGUUUUCAGGAAGUAGUUGCGGUCAGUUGAAGCAGGGUUUUCAUCGGUCAUCGAGUUCCGGUUUGUUCGGAGAGAAAGUGUCUAAAUGCGUGUGCGAAAGGUCUGUCGGAUUGAACAAAUAAUUCUUUUGUCCAUUGUUUACCGUUAGCUUGUGCGGAGGUAAGAGUUGCAGUGGCCGUCGAUUAUGACCAACGGCCACUGAUGCGAGUCGACUGGAGGUUGAAGUUACAUGGCUACGGUGCUUUGUCAGUGCUCACUUUUCUUUGCAUCCCUGUUCUGCCGCUGUUCAGGUACAUAAUCUCCUCGUGUGUGGUUUUCAUUCUAGUUUUUUCUCGCUAUAACACAAGGCGCAUUCGGUUGCCUCCUCCCUCUCGCAACUAACCUCUCAUGUCUGGCCCUCCCCCUCCUGACACCCUGUGCGGGUCGCGUUUGGUAUGCCCUCUAAAUGUAGCCAAGCCUGAGCCGUCUGGCUCCCGCUUUUUGUAUUCUCUCAAGGUUUCAUUUGGUUGGUUAUCAAACAGCUAUUGGACACUGUUUUGGUCUUCUUCGGCUUUCCGUUUUCUUUUUUCUUUUUCUUUUUUUCCGUGGUGGUGAACCUUUGAAGUUUGAACUCUCUUUUGUUUAAUAUGUACAGAGUUGACCAUGUCGUUUUUUGAAAAGCUGGAGAUAGGGUGCAGAUGGAGCGGUUCUUCGUAACUCCGGUUAUCUGUCUCGUCUUCAUCGCGAAGAGAGCGGUGGAGCAGAGUCUCGAGCUGUUGCAGAUGUAAAGAUCGGUCGAUUUGCAUGCAAAGUUGCAAACCAGUGUGGACCCCGGAUCGACCGGUAGAGAUAGAAGUUUGACAUGAGGAUAAGUAUACCGUAUUCCCGCUGCCCUUUUCUCCUUUUCUGCCAUUAGGAUGCAGGCCUUUGGGUGGGGUGUAUGCCACGCAUAUGCCACUGCUUCUGUAUGGCUGUGUAUGCCUGUUGGCGUCUCUCGCCAGGAUGCUCUUUUCUCAUUUGUCUGCCACUUCUCUAUUCAGUUGCUUUCGCCUGUUUUGCAAUUUGUCGAACCCCUCCGUUCUCUGUGUCUUUGACUAGAAUUUGACUAGAAUCUGACUAGAAUCUGACUAGAAUCUGACUAGAAUCUGACUAGAAUUUGACUAGAAUUUGACUAGAAUUCGAACAGUGAUCGAGUCAGAGACUCGGAGCUCUAUUUGUUUGAACUUUGAAGGGACGAGUGAGUAAAGCGCAGUUGCAAAU